UGCCUGUGUUGAAAAACAUAAAAUACGUGAAACUGUACAAGCCUGGAAAAUCCAGGAAGUGUUUCGUGCGGAAAGCCAAGGCCACCUGCUAGCCGGUGAGUCACGAACUCAAGACUCGCACCAGACUCCGCACUCACCAACCGGCUGCGGUGCGUUUCCAAGCGAAACGCCCCGGGGACGAGGACCGCCCUGCGCCCCGGCCCCGGCCCCGCGCCCCUCGGCCGCGGAAGCCGGGACGCCUGCGCUCCGCUAAUUUCUGGAAGCGAGAGCAUUCCCGUUUCAAAGUUCACCCGAUCGGGCCUUUCCUUUCUCCAGCUCUGAACAACCCAGAAGGCAGACUUUCGGGUAAGGCUGGCCUCUCUGCCCUCAGAGGUCUGAGCUCUGCCAUGGGGGUAGGGGUGUCUUUACUGCUGCAGUUUUCUCUGAUGUCUGGGGACUACCAGAGUGUAGGCGGAAGCAGGCGCUCCAGCCGCAGGAACAUCCCCGGGAGGAGCUGGAAGAAGCCUCAUCUCCAGCUCCACAGCCUCCAGGCAGAGGAAGAACCAAUGCUGGAACGUCGCUGCAGGGGCCCCGUGGCUAUGGGCCCUGCCCAGCCCCGACUCCUUUCUGGGCCCUCCCAGGAGUCGCCCCAGACCCUGGAGAAGAAGCCCCAAGGGCUGAGGUCACAAGGCACUGCCGUGGCCCAGUCAGGCAGCCAGGCCCAUCGUUGUGCCCACUGCCGAAGGCACUUCCCGGGCUGGGUGGCCCUCUGGCUUCAUGCCCGGCGCUGCCAGGCUCGGCUGCCCCUGCCCUGUCCCGAGUGUGGCCGUCGCUUCCGCCACGCCCCUUUCUUGGCACUGCACUGCCAGGUCCAUGCCGCCGCCACCCCAGACCUGGGCUUUGCCUGCCACCUCUGCGGGCAGAGCUUCCGAGGCUGGGUGGCCCUGGCUCUGCACCUGCUGGCCCACUCGGCGGCAAAGCGGCCCAUCGCCUGUCCCGACUGCGAGAGACGCUUCUGGCGGAGAAAGCAGCUGCGGGCCCAUUUGCGGCGCUGCCACCCCCCGGCGCCCGAGGCGCGGCCCUUCAUAUGCGGCAACUGUGGCCGCAGCUUCGCCCAGUGGGACCAGCUGGUUACUCACAAGCGGGUUCACGUGGCCGAAGCCCUGGAGGAAGCGGCGGCCAAGGCCCUCGGGCCUCGGCCUCGGGGCCGUCCUGCGGUGACCGCGCCCCGGCCCGGUGGAGACGCCGUCGACCGCCCCUUCCAGUGUACCUGCUGCGGGAAGCGCUUCCGCCACAAGCCCAACCUGAUCGCCCACCGCCGCGUGCACACAGGCGAGAGGCCCCACCAGUGCCCCGAGUGCGGGAAGCGCUUCACCAAUAAGCCCUACCUGACCUCGCACCGGCGCAUCCACACGGGCGAGAAGCCCUACCCGUGCACCGAGUGCGGCCGCCGCUUCCGCCACAAACCCAACCUGCUGUCGCACAGCAAGAUCCACAAGCGCUCCGAAGGGUCUGCCCAGGGUGCCCCCCACUCGGGGAGCCCCCAGCUUCCCGCCGGCCCCCCGGAGCCCUCGUCAGAGCCCGCCCCGGAGCCCCCGCUGAAGCCGGCCCCAGAGCGUGCGGAGGCCCCAGGGGAGCCUCCCGGCCACCAGGCGGAGGCCCCGCCCUCUCUCUACAGCUGCGAGGACUGUGGGCGGAGCUUCCGGCUGGAGCGCUUCCUGCGCGCCCAUCAGCGGCAGCACACAGGCGAGCGGCCCUUCACCUGUGCCGAGUGCGGGAAGAACUUCGGCAAGAAGACCCACCUGGUGGCCCACUCCCGGGUCCACUCGGGCGAGCGGCCCUUUGCCUGUGAGGAGUGCGGGCGCCGCUUCUCCCAGGGGAGCCACCUGGCCGCCCACCGGCGCGACCACGCGCCGGAGCGGCCCUUCGUCUGCCCGGACUGCGGGAAGGCUUUCCGCCACAAGCCCUACCUGGCCGCCCACCGGCGCAUCCACACGGGCGAGAAGCCCUACGUCUGCCCCGACUGCGGCAAAGCCUUCAGCCAGAAGUCCAACCUGGUGUCGCAUCGGCGCAUCCACACGGGCGAGCGCCCCUACGCCUGCCCCGACUGCGACCGCAGCUUCAGUCAGAAGUCCAACCUCAUCACCCACCGCAAGAGCCACAUCCGGGACGGCGCCUUCUGCUGCGCCAUCUGUGGCCAGACCUUUGACGACGAGGAGAAGCUCCUGGCCCAUCAGAAGAAGCAUGAUGUCUGAGGGGGG